AUGGCCGACUCGAGAGCAGGAGCGGCAGCAGCAAAGAAGGCAAAGAACAUCAUCAGGGAUAGAUCAGACAAUGCAACAGUGCAAAAGUCUUUAGCAGACCAAGAUGAAGUGGUGCCAGAACCGCAAACCAGUACGACUCCGGGAAAUGGACCCGUUGAGACAACUGUUCAAACUGAAUUAAUGUACAAAGAAGCGGAUGGGGUUAAUCCCUUGGGAGACCCAGGAGAGGAGGAAAGGCAGACCGACGAACCCAAUUUCAUAGAAUACAUGAAAUCAGUUCCAAAUGCGAUGAACCCAUCUUUAGACACGAAAUGCGUCCAACAACCGGCUGUUCAAGUGGACCCAACCCUACGGGUAGCAAAGCAUGGGAAGUGGCGAGAAGGGACGCGGAUCGUCAAGCUUGGUCAACAGACAAACCUGUCUGCGGCCAUCUUGCUCUUUGGUGCGACGUUUAUUUGCGUCCAGGUGAAUGGUGUCAUCCGCUGCUUCAGAAUUGUCAAGCGGGGGCUUGUCUCGCAGAACACGGUGCAGACGAGCUACAAGCGGGACCUGGAAAAGCCGUCCCAGGGCAGCGCGGUUUUCCAGUUACGCUAA